GGAUGCAGAAGGGGGUACCGGAUGGAGUCGCAGACCCGUUCACCCGCGUCGAUGUAGUGUACAGUAGAUUGCCCGUCGCACUGACGAGGCCGCAUGGCGAGUACAAAAAGGCCCGAGAUGCUCCCGUCGAAUCCCACCCCCGACUUCCGUCACCUGGGAACUGUGUUUUCUCUGAGUGUCCAGCUUGAGACCUCAGAUUCCCUCUGAACAACACUCACGGGAGGUCCAAAACACCGUGGCAGAUCGAGAUGUCGUUCGGGACGAGGAUAUUGCGAAAAAUCGUGCGGAACGAGGCCAUGGCCUCGGAUCCGCCCGAGAUCUAUGGCUGGCGUGUGUACUUGCUCGCUUGCUCGGCAUGCUUCGGAGCCAUGUCGUUCGGCUGGGACUCUUCGGUCAUCGGAGGCGUCAUUGUCCUGGACCCCUUUAUCCAAGACUUCGGCCUCGGUGCCAAAGACUCAGUUGAGUCCGCCAAUCUGUCCGCCAACAUCGUCUCCACGCUCCAAGCCGGUUGCUUCCUCGGUGCUUUGCUCGCUUCUCCCUUAACCGAUCGCUUCGGCCGCAAGUGGUGUCUCAUCGGAAUCUCGCUGGUUAUCAUUGUGGGUAUUAUCAUGCAGGCAGCUGCCAACGGCAACCUUGGGCCCAUGUACGCCGGUCGCUUCAUCUCGGGUGUCGGUGUCGGCGCCGCCAGUACCAUCAACCCCAUCUACGUCUCCGAGAACUCGCCACGCGCCAUCCGCGGUCUGCUCACCGGUCUAUACCAGCUCUUUAUUGUGACGGGUGGCAUGAUUGCCUUCUGGAUCAACUAUUCAGUUAGCAUCCACAUGACCGGCAAGAUCCAGUACAUCUUUCCGCUUGCCAUUCAAGCUCUCCCAGCCGCGCUGCUGUGCGGCUGCAUGCUACUGUGCCACGAAUCGCCGCGGUGGCUUGCUCGCCAGGACCGAUGGGAGGACACGAAGCGGGUGCUGGCGCGGAUCCGUCACCUGGAACCGACCCACCCCUACGUUGAGGAGGAGUUCAAGGAGAUUGUCGACCAGCUGGAGCACGAACGGCAGCUCAUUGGCGACGCGACAUUCUGGAACCUGCAGCGCGAGAUGUGGACCAUCAAGGGGAACCGCAACCGCGUGCUCAUCAGCAUCAUCCUGAUGAUCUGCCAGCAAAUGACGGGUACCAACGCCAUCAACACGUACGCUCCCACCAUCUUCAAGAACCUUGGUCUCAAGGGCACCUCGGUCAGCUUGUUCAGCACGGGCAUCUACGGCAUCGUCAAGGUGACGAGCUGCAUCUGUUUCCUGCUCUUCAUGGCCGACUCGCUGGGCCGUCGCCGCAGUCUGCUCUGGACUUCUAUCGCUCAAGGUCUUGCCAUGUUCUAUAUUGGUCUCUACGUGCGCAUCUCGCCGCCCGUCGAGGGUGACACGGUGCCGCCCGCCGGUUACUUUGCCCUCGUGUGCAUCUUCCUCUUUGCUGCCUUCUUCCAAUUCGGCUGGGGCCCUGCCUGCUGGAUCUACGCAAGCGAGAUUCCUGCCGCCCGCCUCCGCUCUCUCAACGUGUCCUACGCCGCCGCCACGCAGUGGCUUUUCAACUUUGUCGUUGCCCGCGCCGUGCCGACCAUGCUCGUGACCGUGGGCGAUCACGGAUAUGGAACCUACCUCAUAUUUGGCAGCUUCUGCUUCUCCAUGUUCGUGUUCGUCUGGUUCUUCGUGCCCGAGACAAAGGGCAUCUCGCUGGAGGCCAUGGACAAGCUGUUUGGCGUUACCGACGCCAGCGCAAAGUCGCUGGUCACUGAUGAAGAGACCAAGGAAGCGCCCAAGGUGCGCGAGGCCGAGGUUGCAUAGACGCUCUGCUCUCGAGGGUUUAGUUGGUAAAUUAUAUCUUUGCGCAAAUCUGGCGAACUAGAUAUCUAAAUGGCAUGCAUCCCAUAUGGAGAGCUCUUGGGCAUUGUUCAAGUUCAUUACGAUGGUUCAUGGCAGGCAGCUACACAGUAGUAGCGUGAU